CUCUCCGCCAUUUUGACUUCCUGCUUGAGGAGAAGACGACCACCAGCACAGCAUAGCAUUCGCCAGCGAAACUCUUUUGUUAUUUAGCGUAACGUCGGGGUCUCGUGCCGUUCGUUCCUGUCACGGGGAUCAGAAUAGCUGCCUGUCUCACUCUGUGACAGCGUGUAUCGCUUAGUUUCAGCCGGGGAGUCGCAAUGCCGAGCCACCCGCUGCGUGUAGCGGUUGUGUGCUCGAGCAACCAGAACCGCAGUAUGGAAGCGCACAAUAUCCUCAGCAAACGUGGAUUUGACGUGCGCUCUUUCGGGACAGGGUCUCACGUCAAGCUGCCCGGUCCGGCUCCGGAUAAGCCAAAUGUUUAUGACUUCAAAACAACAUAUGAACAGAUGUACAACGACUUGGUCCGCAAGGACAAGGAACUAUACACACAGAACGGCAUCUUGCACAUGCUGGACCGCAACAAGCGGAUCAAAUCGAAGCCAGAGCGCUUUCAAAACUGCAAGGACAAUUUCGACUUGGUCAUCACCUGUGAGGAGCGAGUCUAUGAUCAAGUGCUGGAGGAUUUAAACUCGAGAGAGCAGGAGACGCUGCAGCCUGUGCAUGUCAUCAAUGUAGACAUUCAAGACAACCACGAGGAAGCCACGCUGGGUGCCUUCCUCAUCUGUGAGCUGUGUCAAUGUAUCCAGCACACUGACGACAUGGAGAAUGAAAUCGAUGAGCUCCUACAAGAGUUUGAGGACAAAAGCAACAGGCCUUUUCUCCACACUGUCUGUUUUUACUGAUGCACAACAGAGAUUUGCAAUAAACACAUACCCAGAUCAAGCAAUCAAACAAUAGUAUACAGACACAACACACAUGCUACACUCCUCAGUCAUCAGCUACACAGUACGUGCUCAUUGUGCCUACACAGCCUGACACAUACAGUCUUGGGCCAAGACCUGACUAAUGGCUGCUGUUGGACGUGUGGGUGAUGAUGCAGAGGACAGACUUGCUGCUCUUGCUCUGCCUUUAUUACUUUGGAUCAAGGUCAGGCCAAGGUUCCUCCUCCAUCCCAUCCCAGUCCAGUAAAAAUCACCCGACCAUGUCUCCUCAGGGAGAGCCAUAACACCACCCCCUGCGUUCAGACUGCUUUACAAGUCCCUCAGAGCUCAAUUAAUUACAGCAUAUUUGUGCUGUGUUUUUUUUUUUUUGUUUUUCUUUUAAGACGAUGAAUUGUACUUAAUUUGAGGAUAUGAGAUUUUUAUUCCUGACCCGGGACCGUGUACAUGUGCAUCUUAGGGUCAGAUGAUGAGGAGAAUUAUUAAUUUGAGUGCGUGUUUCUGUGCGACCAUGUGUUCUAGGUUAGUUAGGAUUAAGUUAAAUGGGGCGGGUUAAUAAUGCAUAACCAAACUCAGGCCUCUCUGAGGCUUUUCCUCCAAUGUGUUUCCAAUAUAUAGUGUUGAUUCAUAUUUAAACUUGGAUAUGCUGUCUUUCAGGGCAUAGUAUUUUGUUUUUCUUUUGUAAAUGUUAAAGAAUUGAAGCGUCGUAAUUAUUUGCAAACUGCGAGCUUAGCUCAGAGUGCCUGAUUUUUCUGUAUGUACAUAUGAAUCCACUAUAAAAAAAAAAGAGAAACCUCUAAAAAAAACAUGUCAUGUCUUUUUAUUUACUGGUUUGUAGUGGUUUCAUUUACUUGAAUGACCCUGCUCAUGUUUUAAUUAGAUGUUAAACUAUGCAGGGCAAUGCAUUGAAUUGAACCUUGUGCUUUAUUUUGACAGUAACCCUUUUUUUUUAUCCACUAUGUCGCUCACUCAGAGAAACUGCUAAUAAAGCUGGAUGACUCUUA